GUGUAGCCUGGAGAGGACGGAGCUCCUCGCCGCCACUUAACUGAAUUUUUACAACAAUCAUCCCUGCAGAGCGCUACCCCCACCCCUUUCCACCACCUUGCCAAGCCCCAGCCCUCCUCCACAACUGCUGGAACCCAUGUUUGAUUGGAUUAGACUCGGUUAGCCUUUGCACUCUCGCCCCGCUGAGGCUGGCUGGCUGUUUCCUGCUCCCCCAGACCGAGCGACCAAGCGUCUGGCAGCCGCGCGGCGAAGCGCUCUGGCCGGAUACCCUCGACGAGGACGAGCCGCUGUUUCUCGAGCAGGCGAGCGGCCACGAAGCACACACCAGGCGAGCAAACUAGAGCAUCAUGCGAAGGAAAUCGAGGAUAUUGUUGUGCUUCGCCGUGCUGUGGGUCCUGGGGAUAGCGUACUACUUCUACUCGGGGACCUCGCUGGGACGAAAGGAUGACUGGAGCUCCAAUGACUCAUCGGGCCGAAGCAAAGCUCACAGCUCGGAGGACAAAUCACAUGGCCUUGAAACUCUGCCCCCUGGUAAAGUUCGCUGGCAGGACUUUGACCAGGAUCUCUACGUUGGUGCCACAGUGGUUCGACCCGGUCAGGACCCAUAUGCCAGGAAUAAGUUUAACCAGGUGGAGAGUGACAAACUCCGUAUGGACCGAGCUGUGCCUGACACCAGACAUGAUCACUGCAGACAUAAACAGUGGAAAUCAGACCUGCCAGCCUCCAGUGUGGUCAUCACGUUCCACAAUGAAGCUCGUUCUGCUCUGCUGCGAACUGUAGUCAGCGUCUUGAAGAAAAGCCCUCCACACUUGGUCAAGGAAAUCAUUUUAGUGGACGACUACAGUGAUAACUCGGAGGACGGAGCUCUGCUGGGGAAGAUUGAAAAAGUCCGGGUUCUGAGAAACGACCGCAGGGAAGGUUUGAUGCGUUCGAGAGUGCGUGGUGCUGAUGCAGCAACAGCACCAGUCCUCACCUUCCUGGACUCUCACUGCGAAUGUAACGACCACUGGUUAGAGCCGCUUCUGGAGAGAGUCGCAGAGGAUAAAAGCAGAGUGGUUUCUCCCAUCAUUGAUGUUAUCAACAUGGACAACUUCCAGUAUGUGGGAGCCUCAGCCGAUCUGAAGGGAGGUUUUGACUGGAAUCUGGUCUUUAAAUGGGAUUACAUGACCUUGGACCAAAGGAGAGGGAGACAUGGAAAUCCAAUUGCCCCCAUAAAGACACCAAUGAUCGCCGGAGGUCUGUUUGUCAUGGAUAAAGAGUAUUUUGAAAAGUUGGGGAAGUACGACAUGAUGAUGGAUGUGUGGGGCGGAGAAAACCUGGAGAUUUCUUUCCGUGUGUGGCAAUGUGGUGGGAGUCUGGAGAUCAUCCCGUGCAGCAGAGUGGGCCACGUCUUCAGGAAGCAGCAUCCGUACACCUUCCCUGGAGGCAGCGGCACUGUGUUUGCGAGAAACACCAGGAGAGCAGCAGAAGUGUGGAUGGAUGAAUACAAAAACUUCUACUACGCCGCUGUUCCCUCAGCCAGGAAUGUGCCCUAUGGAAACAUCCAAAGUCGCCUGGAGAUGAAGAAAAGAUUGGGCUGCAAGCCGUUUAAAUGGUACCUGGAGAAUGUUUAUCCUGAGCUGCGGGUACCAGAUCACCAGGACAUUGCGUUCGGAGCACUGCAGCAGGGCGGGAACUGUCUGGACACUUUGGGUCAUUUUGCCGAUGGGGUGGUCGGCGUCUAUGAGUGUCACAACGCAGGAGGAAACCAGGAGUGGGCUCUGACGAAGGACAAGUCGGUGAAGCACAUGGACUUGUGUCUGACGGUGGUGGACCGAACGGCUGGCUCGCUCAUCAAACUACAGGGCUGUCGAGAGAACGACAGCAGACAGAAAUGGGAGCAGAUCGAGUCCAACUCCAAGCUGCGCCACGUGGGCAGCAACCUCUGCCUGGACAGUCACAGCGCCAGGAUGGGUGGGCUGACAGUGGAGGUCUGCAGCCCGAGCCUCAACCAACAGUGGAAGUUCUCGCUAAAUUUACAAUCCUAGGGGGCGCUGUCCCCAAAGGCUGCACCUCGAGGAGAGACACAUGGCAGACUCUAAUGAGGAGAAAGACUAAGCAGAUGAAAGAAUCCUCCUGUCAGGUCGGGGGUCUUGUCAGUGGAAAGUGUGCUCUCCCUGAAGCCCCUUCCUGAAAAACAGAGCGGCGCUCAGCGGGUGGGGUUUUUUACCAUAUUGGAAUAAACAGGGACUGACUGUGCCGGGUGGACGGGGAGAUGGUGUUGGUCACGAGGGAGAACGUUUUCCAUCGAAACGACAUACCUCUGUGUUUGCAGAAAUGAUGACCAGUGGAUUCUUUUUUCACUUUCCUAAAUGCUGUCGAAUGGAAGUCUUUUAUGUUUUUACACCAUUAUAAUUAUUUUAUUUUAUUGAUUUCUUCCUGGGAAGUCUCCUCGGUGGUUCCUAGGGGCCUUUUUGAUUUUGCGUUGCACCUCCUUGUUUUGUCUUGCACAGAGAGAGGACUGUGGGUCUUGAUGUUGGCAGAAUGAAUGGUGAUGUGACUUUUUUCAUUUACUGUUAUAGGUUUACGACGAGGAAGAGUCUGAGAAAAAGUUUACUUUUUUGUUCUUAUGGUUUUCUAUUCUUCAAAUGAACUUAAAAGAGGAAACUCCUGUGGUCACUUUCGACUGAUUCUUCUUUGAGUUUGAGCAAAACUUGAUCCUUAUGACAACUCUCAUUAGAUCUUAACCCCUUAACAUGAUCGGAUAUACCAGCCAUAACAUUAUGACCACCUGCCAGACCAGUUGAAGCUCUGAACAAAACUUUUCCAUUUACUGCUACUCUACAGGCUUAAUCUCUGUCAGUGUUUGUUCCACCACCAAAUCUCUGAUAGUUAAAAACAUAUAUGUUAUUGAUGGAAAAGAAUUUAGAAAAUGUGGGUGUCACCUGAUGGUGUGUAGUCAAGCCAAAGAGAAGUCGGGGUGCACAUCUUGUCACUGCUUUAUAUGUUGGACUUGGCAAUACCAUAGGUCACUCUCUCAGUGCAGUAUUAGCUUGGUGGUCAUAAUGUAAUGGCUGUUGAAGGCCAUUUCAUAAAAACCACAUCUAGUACGGCAACAAUCAUUCCUGUGAUAUGUUUCCUCUGUCACAACCCAGCAGCUUCUUCUUCUUCUUCAAACUCUCUGUGUGCCUGUGAGACUAAGCUGCUGCUCACGUUUGACAUACCAGCUCUUUAAGUGUCUCAUUUAAACCGUGCAAAAUUUUGUCUGGAGGAUUCCCACUUAUGUAACUGACUUUUUUUAAGGGGGGGCGGUCACUGCUUGAACUCUGUAGUCUGGUUGAACCCAGAUAAGGGGGGCGUCACCAGUCUGACACUCUGUUCCUACCUCAUCGCUUUGGAUAAAAGUGUCAGCUUGUGAGUUUUGUGCAAUGUUCUUCCCUUGCUUCCAUUGGUUUACUCCGGUUGCCUCCCUUUGCGGUGUGUUCAUUGUGGGUGUGAAUGGUUGUGUUGGCUGUAUGUGAACCGGAUGUGGCUCUGUCUGUUUGCUAGAGGAAGUUGAUCAGUAGUGGUUGAUCUUUGUGGUUGGAGCCACGUUUCUUUUCCAUGAUGUGGUGAUUUUUUUUUGUCAUCAAUGAAUAUAUAAAUUACACUUGUAUUAUGAGGUGUUUUCCGCGCUCAAAGUCGGUCAUGUGACUUGUUCAUGUUACUGAGAGAAGUUUGCCAUGGUGGCAACUAGGUUUGAUUCGAUUGGACACAGCGAUACAUGUUUUUUUUUAGCGCCAGGUUGACUGUAAUGUCAACCAAAAUCUGCUUAUCUGAUUUGAACCGGAUGUGCAAUUCUUAAAUUCUCCAUUUUCUUAUUUUUUAGUUGGUAGUUAAUUUUGGCAACAUCGCAAGGUGCCCAGCUCAGAUGUUUUGAUGCACAGCGUCCUCUGUGUCUGUGCUCAUAAACGAGAUCCGCGAAGUCAUUCAAGUUUUAGGCAACUUGACACUGAAUAAAUUCGUGCUGAAGUAACCCAGAAGUGGAAUAUACCAAACAUCCGCCUCCUCUUUUGAAGGCAAUCAGUGUUUUAGUUUUAUUUGUUUCAAUGUAGAACAGGAAUGAAAUGACUGCAAUGAGUCAGUGCAGCAUCACACUUGGAUGAUGACAUGUUUACAUCCAUCGCACGAUGUGCCAAAGUCCCUCCCUGUUUCUGUGUGAAGAAGGAUGAGGGUGACAGUUUGGGGGAAUGCACCAGAAUCUGCUCACUGCCAGCAGUAGGUUGUGUUUUUUUAUUUGAAGAUUUGUGUAAAACAAUCCACAAUGUGAUGCAGUGAAAGGGUGAGUCUUCCUUUGUGGGGCCGCAGAGUUCUUUCGUGUUUUGUCUUGUAAGAUGAGUCACCUUUUCAUCGGAACACACCCAAACUUCAGUGAACAGACAGCGCUCUUGAACUCAUCAAGGUCAAUGCAACAUUUCAGAUCUUAGUCGGUGUGUAUCCAGUUAACCUGUCGACUGAAUGAAUACACGUAGCCGCAGUCUUUUGGAAGGGAAAAUGAAUGAUCUCGAAUCACAGUUUGAGAGCAUGUGUGUGGGGAUACAUGUGAAUAUGUAUAUUUUUGUAUAUACAUACAAGAGUGUGUGUGUGUACAGUAUGUACAUAUAUACAGUGUACUCAGCUGCAGGAUCCUAGUUUUGUUGUCGGAUUGUACAGCGUCUCUAAAUGUUCCCUGUUUUAUAGAAACUGCGGCAAUUCAAAUUUGAAUGAGGAGAAAUGAUUAACUUAAAUA